UUCAUUCGCUUGCACCCCUCCUCCAGGGAGGUAGGUAACUCGUCAAGGAAAAGAGAAAGCUUAUUAUUACCUACCAUUUGGCAGAGAACCACGCUAUCUACAUUAAAAUUUGUUUUUUGGUAGUUUUCUUUCUUAUCCCCCCCCCUCAAGAAACACAGGCGAAGAAGGACGAGGGAAUACGAGGAGAAGACGGCGAAAAGCGAACGCGGAGCAGCAGGUACGUGAAGGGGCCGCAGGUGCUUAUGAGCAGACAAAGGAUUUGAAUAAUCCGGGAGGAGAUGGGAAAAUGACCUAAUUUGCGACUUGUGCUCCGCACAACCUGCUGCAAAUGUGUCUGUGGCAUUUUCCCCAGUCACAAGGCAUAUGCAGGCAUCAAUGCACUUCCAAGUAAAGCUCCCAUUGUUCAUCCUCGACAUCUGCACCUUUAUUCCAUGGAUACCUACAACUUCCACUUUGAGAGAAUGAGCAGCGUGGACUUGCAUUCUCUGAGCAUGCCCGUCAGCCGGCUCUCCCCAGCCAAGUCCAACAGCAGCAUUGUCGAACAACUUACCCACCACCAGCACGGCAAAGGAGACUCUGCUUACAGCUCCUUCUCUGGGGGGUCCACUGCACCAGACUACCCGCCUUCACUUCACUUCCCAGAGGACCUGCAGCCCAGCUCUUUCGGUCACUAUGCUGACCUUAAGUAUUUAAAGUCCAUUUGUCAUCCCAGCCAGGUCUUGCACUCUAACGCAAAAACCAUGGACCAGGUGUAUCGUUCUAUGGAGGUGAUCUCACAGAACUAUCGCAAUAGUACCCAUAUCCAGAACGGCAAUGGCAAUUUCUAUACCAAUGACAAAGCAAUAUCAAAUGUGUCUCUUAGGGCUCCAUCCCAAAUUGUUUACCCUCCCAGUGGUGCUCCUCUAGUCCAAGCACGACGAGGUAGUUUAACAGCUACAAAAAAUUUCGAAAAUAGCACCGGUCAACACAGUACUGACGCUCAACAGCCCAGACCCCAUAAUCAUCACCAUCCAUACAGAGGGAACGUCCCCCAAAUGGGGAUAGCUAAGAUAGAAUCAAGUAGCUCUGUCAAUAGUCCUGAAACAUUGUAUUCGGAUCAGAGGGCAGUGCCAGCAGGGGAGAUCCUGCAGCUGCCAAGCUACCGCUCUCAAGUACCUUCUUAUGAACAAAACAGGGCAUCCAUGAACCCACCCCAUCUUUUCAUCACAGACAACAAAGCUCUUUCUAAGCAACAGAAGUCAUCAAACUUCCUGAGACAGUCACCUCCCAAAGGCACAAGCCAAUCUGAGCACUCAAAGCCCAUACAGCAAUCAAGCGGGGGUGGAUGCAGUGGAAAAGAUCAUGGUAAUCCCAGUGGUGUCAGUGGUGAGUUUGAAAAUGCACGCAAAAGAGCGCAUUCCGCUUAUGAUUGGAUUGGUUCUGAGCCAGCCCGUGUUUCUAGUCCUUGGAAUGCGGGUCAGACGGGCUUUAUCAACAGCAGCAUCCAGCAUAAGGGUCAGUUCUACUUUGUCACAGGAGUAUGUAAGCACUCGGAAGCCAGAAUGAGAAGUCACUCUGCAUGUGUGAGUGGGUCCGAAGCUGCCAGUGAAUGCUCCACUGUGUUGGAAAGACCUCGGCCAAAAGACAGAGAAAGAUGUCACAGCACAAUGGAAAAUUUAUUUAUACCCAUAAAAGAGGUCCUGGAUGAAAGGAGCACCCAAAGCAAGGACCUCAUACCAAGGGGUUUGGAUCAGGAGAAUCACCAACCCGCACCCUUUUCAAAACAGUCCUCUCAGAGCUGGGAUUCCUUUGAAGAAAGUGACACAGAGAGUCGAGAGAUUGGGCGCCACACCACCAAUAAUCCUAUAUUUUACUGUGGACCUGAGAAUAACUCCCCACAUUCAACUUUACAAGCAAAGCAAGUCCCCUCACUGACCAGCAGUGAACCAAGAAUCCAGCCUAAGCGUGAGGAGCAAGCAAAGAGGGAGAAAAGACAACCGCUGACAGAUGUAGCAAGUGAUAGGAUAAACAAAGAAACCACCCCGCUUCUCUACCAUCUCACUGAAGCUAACAGGACAACAAUGCAAUCAAGAAAGGACAUUGACUUCAGUGUGAAAGAUACAGAAGCCGCUCAUCACAUUACGUGUGUCAAAGAGCCGUCUAUAAAGAACGGGAGACCUCCACAACAGGACGUGACCAAGAAUGACACGGGGGGAGUCGACUCUGUUGCCUGUAACACCUUGGAUGAAUCCUAUAAAAAGUACUACAAAGAGAGACUUAAGGACGCCCAAUCUAAAGUCCUGAAGGAGACGUCAUUUAAAAGAAGGGAUCUGCAACUGGCAUCAAUGCAUCACGCAAGGCCAAAACCUGAGCUGAGAUCUCCAGGGAGUCACUCUUUCUCCUCAUCACAAGAUUCUGAGACUUCCACAGACACCCUCACCCCAUCGGUGACCUCAGAGGAGACGGAAAAGGGGAGCGUAGUGGAAAAGAUGAGGCAGAGUCCUCAUCAAAUGAACACAGCGUCAGAAUUAGAAAAUAGGAGGUCUGCAAAUGUGGCCCAGCCCCAGGUAGCGUCACGAAUCGGCGGGCGAAAACGGUUGACUCCAGAGCAGAAAAAGAUGUGCUACUCGGAACCGGAGAAGCUCAACCAGCUUGGUGGUGGCCCCUGGCACUCGGCUUGUCGGUCCUUUGGUAAUGAAAGUGACGGGCUGUUUGCAGUGGACAGUGAAUGGCAGGAUCACGUGCAACCAGGAGAGCAGGGACUGGUGGCGGCACGUCGGAAGUUGUUUGAGACGCGGGGCCGUGCCCUUUCUGCCUCAAGCGCUUCAAGGACAAACCUGAAGCACCUGCAACACAAGGCACUUGUGGCAUACAUGGAGCGCAAGACAGGCCAGAAAGUGGUGGAACCCCAACCACCGGGUCCUCAGCUACCAAUACCCCCCAGACAGAGGCACUCUCUGGGAGAGAAACCGUUUGAAUGGGGUGCCAGGCCUUUGUCAGCAAGUGCUGAGAGCUAUCACCUCAAAAAGAAACUCAACAGACCGCAGUCUGCAGGACGCAUCCUUGAUUCCUCCACCAGUUCCAUCAGGUAUGCCCAGUUCUUGGCACAAUCCAGUUCAGACCAACCCUCAGUGCAGUCAAAUCAACCCAAAUGGAAGGAAAGACUAUGUUCAUCCCCUGGAAAGUAUGCCUCCGUGGAGAGUCUCUUGGACCAACCAGAAUCCCCUACAAUUUUCAGGAACAGAUCCACAUCCACACCACAUGCAUUUCAGGCUCAGGAGCAUGAAACAGAUCCAGAACCAUUUAAUUCCUCUGAAGCUUGCAGUGUCCAGAAGAGUGUGAGCGCUGCAGUGAGCUCAACAUCUGAGGCCCCUCACCAAAUCCGUGUGAUAGCCCAGAGGGGCAAGUCCAUGGAAGAACUGGGGGCGUCCAAGUUAACCAAGAUGUCGACUCUGAGUAAGAGUUUUGAACAGCUGGAUCAAGCGUGCCAAGACGUGAGGAAUGUUUCACUUUUCGCCGAGGUCAGGGAAGCUCAGGGGAAGGAGAGUGGGAGGAAGAAGUAUGAGCCGAAUCCAGUGGCCAAAGAAACAAACUUUUCUGACAUGAAGGGACAGGCACAAAUCGAUACACAGAAAAAGUCCAACUUGAUACAGAAUCCCGACUCUGUGCCGGUUGAUGGGGAGGAUAUUGAACUUAAGUCCACAACAGGAAGAAGAUCCUUGAGUCCAUCUCACUCCCCGACUUCUUGCUCAUUCUCGAGGGGCAAAAGGCAAUCUUCUGGAUCUCGCAGUCCUCCCACAGAUAAGUUCCUGUCUGGCAAACCUCCCAUUGAGGCACACUCUUUUCCACAUUCCGCUGGAGGUCAGGAGACCAGUGAGAGGGAGGCGAGGUCUAUCUUGUCUUCCACCACGCAGAUAAAACCAUCUUGUGAAAACAGACCGAGCUGCAGGGCUGCCCGCAGUUCAUCCGGACCGUCAGCGGUUGAACCUGGCCAAGAGGUCUUAUUGCCUGCCCACGAAGUGUCCCUGAGCUGUGGUGUGACCACAGAUCCGUCAUUAUGGAGUUUCCCUCCAGAGCAGGAGCAGCCCAAACAGGACGUGCAGAGUCCGGACUCUGUUUUGGACGAGCCUGCCAUUUUGCGCCCUUUUCAGAUGAGCGAAACGGUUCUUGAUCAGCAGGUAGCAGAGGAGAACAAUUCCAAACCGGAACACAAGGAGUCCGGAGAGAAUCAGGACAUGGCAGAGAGGCAUCCACCAGAGGGAGAAACCAUAAAUUUGGCGAAUCCCUCCAAGAAACCACCGUGGGAGGAGCUAGUGGAAGCCGUGGUGAAGGCGGAACCCUCGCUGGCCCCCGCGCUCUAUCCAUUAGCCGAUCGUAAGACGGCGCUGAUGUUGAUGGAGCAGCUGCUGUCUGAGGACACCCUUCUGAUGGAGGAGCACUACAAGAAGAAACAGGAGCAGAAGGGAGCUGCACAAACUUCCGAGACCGAGGCACCUCACUCAACUGACGGCCACGCAGGUGCAAGUGGAGAGUUUUGCGGCACUGGUGACAAGAAGAGCAUGCUGGUGUGCUAUAUUGAGGAGCGUCUGUGCACGCUGGAGGAAACGCGAAGCGUCCUCCAAGCGGAGAUCCAGGAAAACAUGGCCCACGGCAAGGCCCUGGAGGCUCUGGUCCGCGAGCGCUGUCUGCCCCUGGAGCUGGAGAGAUACAACUUGUUCAUCGGGGACCUGGAGAGGGUGGUCAACCUGCUCCUGUGCCUCUCCGCCCGGCUGGCCAGGGUCCAGAAUGCUCUAAGCAUGGUGGACCAGGACACGGAUGCUGAGGAGAAGCAAUCUCUGGAUAGCCGUCACCGUCUGCUGUGCAAGCAGCGGGAGGACGCCAAAGACCUGAAGGACAACCUGGACCGACGGGAAAGCCUGGUGUCCACCUUCCUGUCCCGCCAGCUGAGCCCCGAGCAAGUGUGUGACUAUCGGCGCUUCGUGCAGACCAAGGCCUCACUGCUCAUCCGCCGCAAGGACCUGGAGGAGAAGACGAGGCUCAGCGAGGAGCAGCUGGAGGCCCUCGCCAAAAGCCUCCGUCUCUGAGGGUGGACAUUUUGUUUCGGUAGCACGCACUGGUCUCAACCGGUUCGGACGAUAUGCUUAUCUCCCCAUCUUGCAGACUCUUUCCAUCCCCGCUGUGCCUUGAUUUCCGCGUCACUCUCGCUUGAAUUCAGCUGCAUUUCCCCUCAUCGUCCACAGGGGGAGCCCACUAGACUCUCACACAGUGAGCCUGCAAAAAAAAUGCUGCAGCUGAGUUGUAACAGACGCCUUUUACAAGGAACCCAACGAAGGUGGGCUAUUGCCAUAAAAGUGAUAUGACAUCCCGCAAUCUACAUUUUCUGUUAACAGUCAACCUUCAUCCCGGAGCGGCGCCACUGCGCCGCCCCCCCUGAAUUGCUCAUCCAAUGACAAACUACAGAUACUUUCAUGGUCUCGAACACAACAACAAUCAACAUAACACCACUGCAGGUUGACUUCAAUCUGAGGUGGGUAGAGCAGCUACAAAUUAUACUCAAAUAAGAGUACUGUUACACAUGACUAUAUUACUUAAGAGAAAAGUAAAUUGAGUAAAAAUGAGCAUUCAGGGG